AUGUCAGUGCUAUCUAAGGAAAAUAGUUGGAUCAAUCUGGAAAAGCUAAGGAAGAGUUUUGAAGAUGCUAUAAGGACGAUCUUGAUCACCUUGCACUGCCUACAUUUUGUGAAAAAGAAUCCAGAAUCAUCUGGGAAAGCUUUGUGGGAUCAUCUAUCUAAAAUCUUCAGCUCAUACGAGGCUAAGCCUUCUCAGUCUGACCUGGUGGAUCACACAGAUUUAAUAAGUGAAGCUGUUCAAAGGGAUGAAGCUUUGGCGAAAUCCAAGUUUUUAGGCACAAUUCUGGAGGAGAAGCCUAGAAAGAGGAAAUCUUUUGACGAGGCUGUGGGACCCGUAGUUAAGUCUGGGUUUACAGUUGAUAAUGAUAUGAUUGAUGAAAUUGAAGAAGAUGGGUCCUAUGAUGAGGAAGGUUUGUUUGAUUAUGUCUGCACGUUUUGUGAUAAUGGUGGUGAACUUUUGUGCUGCAAAGGGAGGUGCUUGAGAUCGUUUCAUGCAACUAAAGAAGCUGGAUCUGAUUCAAUGUGCCAAUCUCUUGGUUUUUCUGAUGAGCAAGUAGAAGUUUUUCCUUGUGUUUCCGCAACCUGUGGCCAUUUCUACCAUCCACUUUGUGUAGCAAAACUGCUCCAUCAUGAGAAUGAAACUGAGGCUGAGGCGCUUCAAAUAAAAAUUGCAUCUGGGGAACUGUUCACGUGUCCUGUCCAUAAAUGCUCUGUAUGUAAACAGGGAGAAAAUAAGAUGGAUCCUGAAUUACAAUUGAUUGCUUUUGAAGAUAUAGAAGAAGAGGGCACCACGCAAAGGGCAUGGGAAGGUCUUAUCCCAAAUCGUAUAUUGAUAUAUUGCUUAAAACAUGAGAUUGAUGAUGAACUUGUGACUCCUAUGAGAAACCACAUAAAAUUCCCAUGGAAUGCCCAAAGAGAGAAAAACCAAGCAUCAGAAUUGCAGUCCAGCAGAGAGAAAGUUGCACCAAAGCGGAGAAGUCUGGUCUUAGAGGAAGAUUUUAGGAAGAGAACUGUUGUAAAAACACAAAAGGGUUUUGAAAAGUUAUCUUCAGCUAUAAAGCAGGGUGAUUCUUUAAAAGAGAGUAAGGGAAUAUUGUAUGGAUCCAAUUCCUUGUGGAGGCAUAAGGUAAUGGAUACUUCCAGAAAGACUUUGAACAAGACUUCCUUGGUGAAAGUCAACAAGUCCAACACCGCUGAAAGCAGGACCUCUUUAGGGAAAAGGUUAUAUGACCUGAAUAGUAAGGAUUUCGAGGCAGGCAAAUCAAGGAAGGAUGGCAUAACAGAUAGUGUACUUGAACAAACUCAGACCGUUAAUCUUCUUGCAAAGGAAGCGAGCAGAUCGCCACCUUUAGAUGCUGAUGCAAAGAGGAGGUGGCACAUUGAUUUUUACUACUACAAUGCUGCAUCUUCAAUAACACUGGAGGAGGUCAUAGAAAAGCACAAAGUGCCAACAACACAUGCAUCAUCAAAAACUGGUAUAGACAAGACAAUAAACUUGGGGAAGGUGGAGGGUUCUAUUGAGGCUCUUCGUGCCGCUUUACAUAAGCUUGAAGAAGGGUGCAGUAUUGAAGAUGCAAAACCUGCUUGUGAGCCGGGGCUUCUUUACCAGAUAAUGAGGUGGAAGCUAAUUGUCAAUUCAUCACCAGUAAGGUGGACCUUUCUUCGAGCAAUCCUGGAGAAUUCUGUUGUUCCAUCACGGAAGGAGCAAAAUUCAUCUAACAAGCUAAAAGUGUAUCUGGCCCCGUUUCUACAUGGCAUGCGCUACACGUCCUUUGGUCGCCAUUUUACAAAAGUGGACAAGCUACAAGAGAUUAUGACUAAGGGAGAUUACAAUAAUGAUUAUGAUCAGCGAGAGAAGGAGAGUCAGAGGUGGUGCUGCAGCGUACCACCUUUCACUGUUUCUCCUUUACAUGGAGAGUGGUGGAACCUUGUCUUUCUGAUUUUCCUAUGUUUGAUUUGGAUUGUUGAUUUUUGUUGCGGUUCGAACGACUUCAGUUGCAUUAUGAAAGAGAAGCUUGAUGAGAUGGGGAAGCAUUGCUCAUACAAAAAUUAUGAUAUUUUACAAGCAAAGCAUGAUUUCAACUUUGAGAAGAGGGACUGGAUGAGCGUCCAUCCAAAGGAGUUGCCGACAGGGUCACAACUGAUCAUGGGGUUGAACCCUCCUUUUGGAGUAAAUGCCCGCCUUGCAAACAAGUUGAUUAACAAAGCGCUUGAGUUUAAGCCAAAGCUUCUUGUCCUUACAGUUCCCCGCGAGACAGAAAGGUUACGGGAGAAGCCAUCUCUGGAGGAAAAUGGUUAUGAAACACGUGUAUCUGACUUCCCAGUGGAGGAUCAUGAUCUUAAUAGUGGAACUCCUGGGCGGGUGGAUGAUCAUCGACCAUCACAACUCCAAGGAAGUGGAAUCAGUUUGACUGGAAGUCAAAAGGAAGGCUCCAUGCGUGACAAUGGUGGCACAAAAAGACACGAGAGCCUUGGUCAUGGGAAGAAUUUGUCUACUAGGAAUGGAAAGAAGAUGGGUCGUAGUGAAGGAAAUCGAGGAAGGGAAUCAGUUGAGAUGUCAGAGAGCAAUCAGAAUAGCCGAAGUUCUCUGUCUUGCCAUUCCCCACCCAGUAUAGCUGGUGACAGAUCAUUGAAUAAUGAGUCAUCUACAUUUCUUGAUAUGCCCUCACCUAUAGACGCAGGGAGGAAAAAUUAUGGGCAUUUCAAGCGUGUCAGCAAUUCUAGAUCACAUUCGCAGUUCCAGACAGGCCACGACUUGGAAAGGAGGCACAGCUUUAGAAGUGAGAAGCCUUAUUCAACUUUAACCCAAAGAGGGUCACAUGGUGUUAAUCCCGACCCUGAUUAUGGGGUUGGGAACAUAGAGGAACAGGUUGAAGAUUACCAGAGAGGGAGCACAGAUAGCUGUGGUUACAGACCACACUUUAGCAAGAUGGAAGACAAGUACGAAAGGGAAUUAGACACAAGAUUACAUGAGCCUGAUUCUUCUAGCCAAAAGAACAGCUAUUUAGCAGGUUCAGCCGCAGGCUCAGCUUACAGUAGGAUGCAUACAUCCACAAUGCAGCAGAAUGUACCUCGAUUGGACGAGUUAAACCAUGCAAGGGUAAAUAAUUUGGGAUCUGAGCCUUCUUUGUUGAGCAGAAGUGGCAUGCACGACUCUCUACGUCCCUGGCCAAUAUCUGAAGUUGACUCACUAACCUUUGCACCCGGUCCUUAUUGCCCGUUUUCGGGACACAAUUCCUCAGGGUGGCUUAACGAAUAG